UCACGCGCCGGGGUAUAAAGCGGGCUGCGCGCCGCCGCAGCCUUUAGUAAGCCAGUGUGCCGCCAGCCCUCACCAUCAGCAUGCUCCGCCUGUGCGUCUUAGUGCUCGCCGCCGCCGCCGCGGUUACCGCCCAGGAGAGCUUCAAGUGUCCGGACGACUACGGAUUCUACCCACACAGUCGGUCGUGCGACAAAUACUGGAAAUGUGACAACGGCGUCGCGGAGCUGAAGACGUGCGGCAACGGACUGGCUUUCGACGCCACCGACUCAAAGUUCCUCACCGAGAACUGCGACUAUAUCCACAACGUCGAGUGUAACGAGCGCACGCAACUCGAACCACCAAUCAGCGCACCUCACUGCCCGCGCCUGUACGGAAUCUUCCCCGACGAGGCCAAAUGCGACGUCUUCUGGAACUGCUGGAACGGAGAAGCCAGCCGCUAUCAGUGCUCACCGGGACUCGCAUACGACCGUGAUGCGCGUGUCUGCAUGUGGGCCGACCAAGUGCCAGAAUGCAAGAUCGAAGAAGUGGCGAACGGAUUCAACUGCCCGGCGCCAGGAGAACUAGCGAACGCGGGAUCUUUCUCGAGACACGCUCAUCCCGAAGACUGCCGAAAAUACUACGUCUGCUUGGAGGGCGUGGCCCGCGAGUACGGAUGCCCCAUCGGCACUGUCUUCAAGAUCGGAGACUCCGACGGCUCGGGCAACUGUGAGGACCCUGAAGAUGUUCCCGGAUGCGAGGACUACUACGGAGACCUGGACCUGAAGAGCAUCCGCAAGAGCGAGCUGUUGGCGGGGCUGAACAACGGCAGCGGCGGCAGCAGCGGCGGCUCGUCCAGCCGCGCGGGAGGCCAGCCCAAGGCGGGCAAGCCGAGGCCGCCCGCGCCGGGCGUCGCCGGCCGGCCCUCCGACGCCGCCUAAGCGCGCCGCUCCCUGUCCUCACUCGUACCCCAGCCCCACACCCGGCGCCUGCCCCGCAGCCGCCGUCGCCACUCCGACUCUGGUACGCCACACUCCACAGCGGUCUCUCUGUUCUCUGCGCUUCGAAACUGUUUCACAGGCGGAAGCUCGUAGAGCCUUCACUGACCCUGCAACUACACUUUUGAAAAAUACUUCACCCGACAUCCAAAACCGCGUACCCCCCUAUUUGUACCCGACGAACAGUUUCGCAGAUGUCCUCUCUCUCCCCUUAUAAACUCGUAAAUUUGUCCAUCUCCUUUUGAUGUCAUAUUUCAUACAACAUUCACUUGCCAACAAAUAAGACUCCGAUAAAAUUUCAGCGCCUGGAAAAUGGGUACGUAGCAUUAAACUGACUUCUUAAUUCGGCAUCCGCCUUCUCGGGUGACGGCAAUGUUCGGCACCAACUCCUAAGAACGAAAAGACUCCCGCUAACACGAAAUUAUCCUUUGCUACUGAACUUCUCUGUUGGAUGAAAACUACUCUGGCAUUUACUCUUUUACAUUCUUCUGGGCACUGUCCAUUUACUGUUUCAUUCUUCCGGGCACUGUCCUAACUUGUACACUUCUUAAAACUAUCAUUAAAAACCUGGUUUGUGAACGCAUUCAUUUUGGAAAAAAAAAGAAAAUAGGACCUGCGAGCAGUGUCUCGAAAUCUCUCGAGUAAUAUUACCUUUAUUUUACAUAAAUGUGCAGUGAAGAUUACUACGGUGACUUAGACCUGAAGGCACUCAAGAACCUGGGACUUAAAAAGUGAACGUAAGAGCACGUCCGGAGCUACACGUGUCGGAGGACCUUCCCGCCACUUUCCUGUGGAGCGUACGUUGGAAAGAAUGGCGACUACCCGUGCGUGUCGUCGCCUGCCCGAAGUUGAAACGGCCGUCGAGAAUUUCUUCUUCUUAAUGGUGAGGACUGAGAACGGGAGAGACCGAAAUCCACAGAAAAGUUUGGUGAAAUUAGUGCACAAGUUUAUUGUCAAUGUAACUGAUUUUGUAAUUUAGUUUACAAUAUUAUGCAAAGUUCUACGUACAAUUACUAAAGUCCUAUACGUAAACUGAAUAUACGAAUGUGAGUGUGCUUGCUGACUUUCGAUGUAUAUUGUACCCUCCAAAAGAACAAACUGAUUUCAAAGAAUGUUAUCAUUCAGCGUCUGCUCAAAUACAAAUUCCCAUUUAUUUGAGGUUGUUGUUACACAUUAUUUAACAUUAAAUCAAGUGUACUGUCCACAAACAGAAGUGUAUGUAUGUCACUUUUGCGUUUUUGUAAAUAAAACAUCAUUCUACACAAA